AGUCACCGAGAGCUCAAUAGAGAGAGACUAGGAGUCAAUCCGAUAGAUGGGCCUUCAUCUGGCCGGCUCGGGGGCGUGUGGUUAUCGCCCCUCCCGCGACUUGGAGAGCUUUUCACGGAUCUUCAAAGCCGCUCCGGCAGACGACACAAGGCGCAAGAGCCCCCCAAAGUUGCAGCGGUGACUGGCGCUGAGGAUAGCGCCUUUGCCUCUCUCUGCACACAUACACACACGGAAUUUGUUCGUUGCAUUUCACUCUUAUUUUUUUCACCUCACGAUGCGCUUGAAAGGUUUAGGCAAAGCAAAAGUAUUUCUAUCGCGUCCUCAAGCUUCAAGGAUUACAUAUUCUCGAAAAAAUUUCCUACUUUUCAGUUUUCUACGUUGAACAUAGCUAAAUAUAUUCUGGAUAUUUGCCGUUUUCCCCCACAAUAUUUGCUAGUGAUGAAGAGUCAUCAUAAAGUUUAUCAUAACAAAAAUCACUAUGAAUUAGCUGUAAAGGUUUAGAAAAAUUACUUCGCUAAAAAAUACGGUUUACAACAUAAUUUUCCCAAACUUAUUACCCUCUUGAGAAUUCCAUAAAUACUCGUCGGUGUUUCCAAAAUCCAUCGGAAUGGAGUAAGCCAAGAUUUUCCUGGCAGUUGCAGGAGGAAAAGCGAUUCGUUUAAAACAGAAAUCACUCACACACAAAAAAAAAUGUGAGAGUUUUAAUAUAAAAUAUUUUCUGGAAGAAAUAUUGUUGGCGGAUAUCUCGGAUUUUGUCUGCCGGCAGACCACCGAAUUCUCCAGGACCAGUAAAGGUGUUCAAGUGCAAACGUCCAUGUGUGCGCGAGUGUUGUGAUACUAUGUUGAGGACAUCCCUGUGGUGUGGACAAGAUGGCCCGUAAACGCGGUCGGAUGACCAGGACAGGCUGGUUUGUCCUGGUCUUAAGCAUUCACUGGAUACUGCUGCUACAGUGCUGCUGCGUGGCAUCUUGGAUGUAUCUUGGAGUAGCCUCUCUGGCCGGCUCGGUCCAUGACGACACCUGCAGCGAGGUGCCAGGACUCGUGCGUGAGCAGCUAGAGGUGUGCAAGGACAACCCGGAGUCCCUAUUGUGCAUCAGCGAGGGCGCCCGGAGGGGAAUUUUGGAGUGUCAGAGCCAGUUUCGAUUUGAGAGGUGGAACUGUUCUACGGAGAAGAAUUAUACCGUGUUUGGGCCUUUGUUACGGAAAGGUACAAAAGAAACAGCGUUCGUGUAUGCUGUGUUGAGUGCCGGCGUGGUGCACUCAGUGACCCAGGCCUGCUCAGUGGGGAAUCUCACCGACUGCUCCUGUGAUAUGUCCAGGUACGGCGAGGCGGACGUGGAAGGCUGGAAGUGGGGCGGCUGUUCUGACAACGUCAACUACGGCCUGUGGUUCAGCGAGACCUUUGUGGACGCCCCGGAGUCCGCCACUCAGACAGGCAGGAACAUACGCAGCCUCAUGAACCUGCACAACAACGCGGUGGGACGGAAGACCGUGGAGAAGCUGAUGUCCCGCCAAUGCCGAUGUCACGGCGUGUCGGGCUCAUGUGCUGUCAAGACCUGCUGGCGAGGACUCCCGGCCUUCAAAGACAUCGGUCAGUACCUCAAAAACUGCUACGAACGUUCUGUUCGUCUGGCCGGCCGCUCGAAGCGGAGGCUCCGGCGGAAGGAGAAGGCUCGGCGUCGAGAGCCGAUUACUAACGAAGAGCUUGUGCACUUAUCGAGGUCACCGAACUACUGCCGGAACAACCCGAAGAGAGGGAUUCUGGGUACGACGGGACGCCGGUGUAACCGGACGGCGAACGGGGCAGAGAGCUGCGACUUGCUGUGUUGUGGGCGUGGCUAUAACACGCAGGUCGUCAGACACGUAGAAAGAUGCCGGUGCAAGUUCCAUUGGUGUUGUUACGUUGAGUGCAAGACUUGUGAAACUUUGGUUGACAUUCAUACCUGCAAGUGACAGCACCUGCGUCACUGUCAAUCGAAAAGUGUUGGAUUUUGUGUAUAUAUUAUAAUCCAAGAGAAACAAGAAAUGGCGUGGCGUGCACAUUGAAACUCGUUGUCCGUGAAGAAGGAAUUCUGUCACUGCGACUGAAUUCCUUCCUGACUUUAAGAGUGUGCACUUGUGAUUAGAAGUAUACCGUGACAGGACAUGUGGUGAAGUGUCAUUUACAUAAUGGAGCACCUUGCGCCGCCGAGUUUCCGACAAAAGUUUUAAAGCGCAUGCGGUCUGUCUCUUCUUGAGGAAACCUUUCACUGAGUCUGGCAUGGAUCACCGAUGGUCGAUCAUUUAACUCAGGAGAGCUGUGCGUGAUCUUAAAUGUAUGCAGGUCCAAUUGAAUUUAUGGAAGAUAUUGGUGGUGCAUGAAGUCCCCGAACAACAGCUUUGAAAACUGCUGACCACGGAGUUGUAACUCAUUCUAAAGCCGAAAUUGAAACGUUCCCUCACAACCUCUCAAACAAUGUAUCCGAGGACAAGUUUGGUAACACUAUUUUACACUGAAGGAAACCAUUUUUCGAGCGAUGCCAGUAUUGCUCUGUGAGAACAAUAUAUUAGCCUACCAUCAACGCCAAUUCUCUUGGCUGAAGUACUUUUCAGUGGCCCUUGUGAACAUCCUGUGCUUUUAUUGUAUAAUCGAAAGCAGGAGUUUGCAAUACGAUGUGAUAGGAAAUGAUAAAUCCUAGCAAGAGCAUACUUAAACACUUGACGUGAAUCAGUUUGUACCGACGGAGCUGCUUCUACCAAGUCUUUAUGUUUGAAAAAUUAAAGACUAGUGGUGUUGUAUUUCAUUUGUCAGGCGUUGCAUGUUUUAGUGUAGAAAUAUUCUCAGCAUGACAUGACCAGCCCUUGUUGAAUGUGUCACAAAAAUCUGACCUUUUUCUGCUAGAAAUGCUGGACUUUUGACAACGUACUGAUUUUGAAAAGAAAAUUAUUAAGGGCAUUCAGUGGUCACCCAAAAAGGGGCAUGGGACCACCCUGCUUAUACUAGAUCUAUACCAAUAAUACCACACUAUUAAAUGUAGAUGCAAAAUUUUAAAAGUCACCGACAAAGAGGAAUUUGGCUCUUUCGACGAGCUGGUCACCAAAGUGUGGCUUAUUCCCAUUUAAAUACUCGGUGAAGCCUUCUCUUUCGGAGUGCAGCCUUCUUGGUCCAGUCUGAAAACUGCACAUGAGUACACCUCAGAGACAAUUAUUUUCUUCAUUUUAGAAAUUCUGGUUCCACCUUUGUUUUGGGAAUCUCUGUCAUGAUUUUUGGGAACUUUUCCUAUGAAGUUGGACUUUUCCAAAAUGUACUUCACUUUAGAUACGAAAGUCCCUUCAUGUUUACUUUUAAAAAAACAAUUAAUACCACAUGUCAUUUGACCGGUGUAAUCACUUCUGGCAGUAUUUGGGACUCUGACAGGCGUGAUCAAAUCCCAGAGGAUUGUGGACUCCUGAGUCCUGUUCAAGAAUCUGAGAACUUCAGCAUGGACAUUCAGUGCGCUAUUUCUACCCAUCGUGGCUUUGUGUAGGUACACGCCCAUGCUUUCGAAAAGCGGAAUGUCGUGCUUUCGUUACUGUCACCAGCUGCAUAAAUGAUGUUAAGUAGACGGGGGAGCUCUGGCAGACGCAGCCCGAGAACACUCAGAGCAACAAUAAUGCAUUGUGGCAUACAGUAUAGCACCUUGCAAUGUACCACUCUUCAUUAAGUGUUUGUAACUCUUGUGGCGAGAGUUUGUUCUUCAGAGAAGCUGUUUUGUGAAUAGAUGAUCUUUAGAUUCAAUCCGAAUCGGACUGCAGGUUACUUUCUCGAGUUCCAACUGAGAGUGUAAAGUUUUCCACAAUUAGAGAGUGUAAAUUACUGUCUUGAGGAAGUCUUUACGGACAAUCUUUAUCAGUAAGCCUUCAACGUAUCGGCUGGCCGUUAGGGUAGUUCGCAUCUAGCUGCACUGCGCUACGAGCGACCCUGGUUCGAAUCCCCAACGAGGCAUUCUUGAACUUGAGUUGUUGGGGCUGUUUUCAAGCUGAUGUGUGGUUCUGUUUUGUCGGAGAUGGACUUUAGAUUCGCCUGACCCACCUCAAAAGUAAUCUUAAAGAGUUGAAAUAAGCAUUAACAAAUCUAGCCAGACCAGCAUCGGCAGCUCAGAAUCAUGGAUCCUAGCGAAGCCGUCUCAGCACACUUGGUUGUUUUUUUUGCCUUUGAUUGUGAUGAGCUACGACCCUGGGGACCGCAUCACGACUGUGCAACAUGGUGGACCAAAAGCCCUUGGGCUCUGCCAACUGUUUAGCAGUCCAGGUGACCGUAAACGAGCAACUUCGUUUGUAUGGACGACUGGUAUUUCACUUACGUGAAGAAGAAGAAGAAGAAGAAGAAGAAGAAGAAGAAGAAGAAGAAGAAGAAGAA